AUGGACUCGGAUGACGAACCCUUAACUUUAUCAGUGCACGCGUUAGCGGCUCUUCAAGAAUUCAAACAAGAAGAACAACAACGAGUAGAACAUUUUGAAUCGUUGUAUAAGAAAUCCGAAGAAGAAUUCGAUGACAAGGUUAGCAUUGAUGCUUUCAAAGAGGAUUGGCAACUUUCCCAGUUUUGGUACGAAGACGAGACCGCUGAAAUCUUAGGAAGAGCGUUAUUAGAAGGAGCGGACGAAAAUACCGUUAUUGCAAUUGCAAGUGCUCCUUCGGUUUAUGCAGCUAUUAAAAAAUUACCGCAAGAUCAAAUUCCAACAAAGCAUAUUUAUUUAUUUGAAUAUGAUAAGAGAUUUGAGGUUUUGGCCGGUAAGGAUCAUUUCUAUUUCUAUGAUUAUAAUCACCCAAAUGAUAUACCAUCGAAGUUGUAUCAAAAAUGCCAUCGAGUAUUAAUUGAUCCUCCAUUUUUGGAAGACGGCUGUCAGGCUAAUUCUGCAGUGGCUGCUCAUAAUCUUUUAACAAAAGAUAAAUCGGCCAAAACUAAAUUGGGCGAUUUACAAUAUAAGCUUGUCUCUUCUACUGGAGAAAGAAUGAGACAUGUCAUUGCUGAAAACUAUCCUGGCUCUCACAUAACCGAUUUCUACCCCCAGCAUAAAAACGGUUUGAGUAAUGAGUUUAGGUGUUAUGCUACUUUCGAGUGUUCUCUCUGGAAGUUUUCUGACGACAAUUAAUUUCUGUUUAAUACAUGCUUGCUUUAAACUGCUG